AUGGACGACAUGAACCUCACGAGUCAACUGAGAGCGGGAACCAUUACGUACGAAGAAGGAGACCGCCGGACAACCAUCGACCUCUGCCUCGUUACCGUAGCGACGUCGCUGCACAUAACAGCGACCGAGCUACAGCGAGAGGAGACACGAAAGUGGAAAACUAUUGAUAAGGAAACAUUUAUCGAGACUCUCCGUGGAUCGUUGCCAGAGAUACAAAGGCCAAGAACGAAGGCAGCGCUCGACAGAUAUGUAGAGACAACCAUGGACGCCCUCUCAGCCGCUAUCAAAGCCGCGGUCCCGACCAGCACCCUUUCACUAAAGUCUAGGAGAGGCUGGGACGAGCAGUGUGCAGCCAUCCUGGCCGAGACGAAGCGACUCCGCCGCGACCACAGCGAGCGACAGACAGAGGAGAGCUGGGCGGCAUACAGAACAGCACGCAACAGGAAAGGCCGCAUCAUAAGAAAGCUCUCCAACAAGCACAUCGCGAAGCAACAGGGCCAGCCGCCGACCGUUACGCCGGAAAUCAAGAAACCCAACACGUCUCAGGUCGCCACAACGCCCGAAGAGAAAGCAGCACUCUUCAAGGAGACCUUCUUCCCCCCGCCACCCGAGGCAAAUCUCGAAGACAUUGACAACGCA